GAGAAUUUCCAAAAUGUUCAGAUACUUUUACAUACUACUGUAUAGAGAGUCAAGGAAGUGCCUGUGCCCAGAUGGGCCAAUAAUCAACAUCUCUGCAGUUAAAUAAAUUAACAAACCAAACUGAGCAACAAAGACUUUAUUGGUUUAUUAGGCCUCAAAAUUGUGACAACUAUUCCUUGUUUUGGCCCAGUACCAAAUGAUCCCCAGCCCUGUACCUGCCAGAUAUCCGUGGGUAUGUGCUUCAAUCCGCUCGCUCACUUAAUGGUGCAUUCGGGUGUACUUGUAAGGACUGUAAAUAUCUUGUUUUUCUCCUCAGGUGGUCGUUUCCCAGUGGCGAUACAUCACUAUCAUUGACUGCCUGGGAGUAAAUACUGUAACAGAUGGCUGACAUAAACUUGUUUGAAUUACAGAUCAUUGGGAGCCAAACCCACUUAGAUUUUUUUCCUCACUGUAAAGUAUUACCAUCGUGUUUGUCUGAAGGCUCUGCAAAUCUGCACGCUGGCCGUGUAACUGAAUCGUUCUGGUGUCUGAUCAGAGGCUUUCAUGGAAGAUGUCAAGUCUCGAGGGCCAUUCAUCUACUCAGUGUUGGAGUCUGCCCAGUCAUUCCUGGCUCAGCAUCCCUUCCAGGAACCAGAGGAGACACUGGCAGAAGGAAAAGAGGUGUCACCCCGUCGGCGGAUUCUGAACGUUAGCCGUUCCGUUUGGAAGCAGGCCAAUGUGACGAGCGACCUGUGGGAGAAGCUGACGGCGCGUUGUGUGGAUAGACACAGACACAUGGAAAGGACUUUGGAGCGUCUCCUCCAGAUCCAGGCGGUGAUGGAGGAGCUAGCGGUGGCUCUGGAGCAGGCGGAGGGAGUGAGGGAUGCCUGGGAGCCUGUAGGUGACCUCUUCAUCGAUGCCCUGCAGGACCACAUUGAUGCCACCAAGCUCUUCAAGCAGGAACUAAUGCAAGUGAAGGAAGGAAUGAAGCACAUCAACGACCUGGCACACCAGCUGGCCAUUUCCGACGUCCAUUUGUCCAUGGAAAACGCUCGCGCUCUGGAGCACCUCAAUAACAGAUGGAAAUUGCUUCAGAAUUCUAUUGAGGAGAGGUUAAAGCAGCUUCAGGACGCACACCGAGAUUUUGGUCCUGGAUCGCAGCACUUCCUGUCAAGUUCAGUGCAGAUACCAUGGGAGCGUGCCAUCUCCCCUAACAAAGUGCCAUAUUAUAUCAACCAUCAGGCACAGACCACAUGCUGGGACCACCCAAAGAUGACUGAACUGUACCAAGCGCUUUCGGAAUUGAACAACAUCAAAUUCUCGGCGUACAGAACGGCCAUGAAGCUGCGGCGGGUUCAGAAGGCUCUGAGACUGGAUUUAGUCGCGCUGAGCAACCUUUCUGAGGUGUUCCGGGAACAGGAGCUACAACAAGCGGAGCACGUUUUGGAUGUAGUGGACGUCAUCCACGGCCUGACAGCACUCUACGAGAGGCUAGAGGAGGAGAGGACUGUCCUAGUCAACAUUCCGCUCUGUGUGGACAUGUGUCUCAACUGGCUACUAAACGUCUAUGACAGCGCUCGCAAUGGCAAGAUGCGCGUGCUGAGCUUCAAGAUGGGCCUGGUGAGCUUGUGCAACGCCGAUGUCCAGGAGAAAUACAAAUACUUAUUCCGUCAAGUGUCCGGCACGGGAUCUUUGACGGACCAACGUCACCUCAGCCUGCUGCUCCACGAGGCCAUCCAAAUCCCCCGCCAAUUGGGCGAAGUUGCCGCUUUCGGGGGUAGCAACGUGGAGCCCAGCGUCCGAAGCUGCUUCCGCAUGGCCUCAGGAAAACCUGCCAUUGAGGUAUCUCACUUCCUAGAAUGGAUGAGUUUGGAGCCUCAGUCCAUGGUUUGGCUUCCUGUUCUCCACCGGGUGACUGCGGCCGAGUCCACCAAGCACCAGGCCAAAUGUUAUAUCUGCAAACAAUGUCCCAUCAAGGGCUUCAGGUAUCGCAGUUUAAAGCAGUUCAACGUGGACAUCUGCCAGACAUGUUUUCUAACCGGACGCACCACCAAGGGCAAGAAGCUACACUACCCCAUCAUGGAGUACUACACCCCAACGACUUCAGGGGAGAAGAUGAGGGACUUCGCCAAGACUCUGAAGAACAAGUUCAGAUCAAAGCAGUACUUCACCAAGCACCCUCAGAGAGGUUACCUGCCCGUUCAAUCUGUGCUGGAGGCUGACAGCUCGGAGACGCCGUGCUCGUCCCCUAAGCUGCCCCAUGCAGACACGCACAGCAGGAUUGAGCAUUAUGCCAGCAGAUUGGCGGAGAUGGAGAACCAGAAUUGUUCCUUCUUCACGGACAGCCUUUCUCCUGAUGAAAGUCUAGAUGAAGAUCAGUACCUCCUGCGUCACCCUAGCCCAGCCCUGGAGCAUGACUCCCCCUGCGGCCAGCACAUGUUGUUGGCCCACCUGGAGCACCAGGACAAGGAGCAGCUCCAGUGCACCCUUGCCCGCCUGGAGAAUGAAAACAGGGUGCUCCAGAGCGAGUACCGGCGCCUCAAAUGGAAACAUGAGGAAGCGGCAUCGCUCCCAAUGCUGACCGAGGCGGGUGAGAGCGGGCCGGGGUCACCGCUCGCCGGGGGACCACAGGACGAGGAGCUGCUGGCCGAGGCGCGCGUCCUGCGGCAGCACAAGACGCGGCUGGAGACACGUAUGCAGAUAUUGGAGGACCACAACAAGCAGUUGGAGUCACAGCUACGAAGGCUAAGAGAGCUUUUGCUUCAGCCCAAAGAAGAUUCCGAGGCCAACGGAUCAGAACCCUCAACAUUGUCCUCUCCUGUGUCUGGAGGGGGGCAUCACGGCGGUGCGGUCAGCAGGGACACCACAGACACGGAAGCAGCAGGCGAUGACACGGAGCACGAGCAGGACACGGUGCUUCAGCUGCAGGAGGUCAUCGAGCAGCUGAGAAACGUCUUCCCGUCUGAACCAGGCACGACGUCUCAUAUCUAACACCAGCCCGGAAGGAUGCUCGACCGCUGUGGCAGCAGCUUAACUCGCAACUGGAACCCUGUGCACUAACAAGCCUUUUUAUCAUGCAAACUACAUAAGGCCGAUGAUGUCUGUCGGGCUGGAGCGUCGGCCGGCCAAAGGUCAGGAAGUCAGCCAAGUGGAGGAAGACACUGUGUGUGCGUGUGUGCUAUUCUUAAGCUUUAUACCAGUGGUUCUCAAGGUGGAGCCCUGCCGCAUGAGAAAUUACAAUACACUCGUACCCACCAGGUACAAAUGACACCAAAGCUGCUUUCAGACAUAAUAUACCGGAACAUUACCGGGUAGCGUGACCCAGAAUCUACCCUGCUCAGAGGUGUUAGACAUACUGAAAUUGUACUUUACCAGCGCAGCCGCAUUUUUACUGCCGGCAAAUGUAGCCGUACUUACGUGACUCUGCAGCUUUCACAUGCAAUGACGUCAUACCUGUUUAUUUUUUCAGAUUCCGUUCAUUUAGUGUACCUAUUUGUCCAAGUCAUUUGUAACAUUGUUGUUUUCGUCAACAAUGAUGAUAACGAAAAUAUCGACAACAUUUUUUUCAUGAUGAUGACAUGACGAGCUAAAAACGUGGCUUGGGAGACUAAAACAUAAUGAGACAAAUGCCAGUUUUCAUCUGACGAGACGACAACGAGACGAAAAUGCGAAAUAGUUGCUGUCAUAUGUUCACAAUGCGUGAUAUUUUAAUAUUGUACGUGGGGUACGUCAGCGUGCAUCGUAGCUGUGUUUGGGUCGUGUCACUCAUGUGAGAUGUGCUGCCCCUCUCCCUCACUCUCCUCACCGGAGGUUUGGAUGUGUUUCAAAUAAGCUGCGCUCCAUCUUGCUUGUUUGGAAACACAUGGUAAGAGUUGUAUUCUUAUCUUGGAAAGAGAGAAUAUUCAUUGUUGCUUGAGCCUUUAAAGGUCUGUACUGAGUGAUCAUCACUAGGGUUGUUAAUCUUACUUUAAAAAAUUAGUUACAAAUUACUUCUCUCAAAAAGUAAUUGAGUUAGUAACUCAGUUACCUCAUUGUAAGAGUAAUUAGUUACUCAGCAAAGUAAUUCACGUUAAUUUUUAUUCUAUAACAUCUUUCACAUAAAAGAUGUUUAUAUUAACUUAUUGAAUUGAACAGAUUACCCCACCCACCAAAAACAUGUAGGUCACCCGAUUUAGGUUGUUUUUUUUUUUUUUUAAUAUCACCUAUACAGUGGUACCACGACAUACGAUUACUUCGACACACGAUCUUUUCAACAUCCAACAUAAAAUUUGACACGCCCUUUGUUUCUACAUCCGAAGACAUGCUUGAAAUACGACGAUUUACAACAGCGCCGCAGUUUCUUUGUUUUCCCGCAAGACGGACGCACCGCGGAUUUUCUUGUGAGAGAAAACAACAUGGGCUCCAAGAAGGUUAGUGCAAUGGUGAAAAAAGGUGACGCUUACCAUUGAAUUGAAGAUGGAAAUGUGCGCGUCCGUGAAUUGGCUCAUCAAUACAGCCGUAGAAUGUCUCCUAUCUCAACGGUCCUCCUCCGACCUCCAUUCGCCAGUCUUUAUAAGUUAAGGUGACAAUUAUUAUCAUGGUAACAUCAGCAAGGAAGUCACCAGCUUCGUCAGGUUUUUAAUCAUUUAUUUCCGAACUUGUGCAGCACAACACGCCUUCUGUCCCCAGUAGUAUACGGCCCAAAAAAAAAAAAAAAAACAGGACUAAAGUGAAACUAAAAUCUCACUGUGACGUCAGCCAUGCAAUGCGUUCAGGUACAAUGCGCAAAACAAAAACCGCCACAUAAGAACCCGAUUUGUUACAUUAUUACAGGAAUUAUUAUCAUAUUAUUAUUCCGAUUUUUAUUUAUAAUUUAUUUGUUCUGCUGUGUGUAAUUGCCAUCUGUAAUAGUACCAGCAGUAUUUAGUAAGGAUUUAAAGUCGGUUUUCCGGCUAUGGAACGAAUUAAUGGAAUUAUAAUGUAUUCUUAUGGGAAAAUCCUGCUCGACAUACGACCAUUUCGAGUUACAAUCAAGGUCCUGGAAUGAAUUAACUUCAUAUGUAGAGGUACCACUGUAUAAUAGUGUAACGGUAUACAAACUUGAACUUUCAAAUGCUGUGAGGAAAAAAAGCCCUUUUGUUUUCCCUGUUGUACUGAACCCGCACCGAACCGUGACCCCCGUACUGAGGUACUUUCCGAACCGUGACUUGUGUGUAUCGUGUGUAUCGUCACAGCCCUAAUAUAUAUAGAUAUAUUUUUCAAUAUGCAGGUGAGGCUCUGAAUCUCCUGCUUCUCCUGUCUUUGCUCUAGUUGUUUUGAUUAAAAAAAAAUAUCACACAAGAUUCAGCGAUAAGUCAUUCAAGACAAGUUUAGGGCAAGUGACUUUUUGGUCAUUAAAAUAUAUAUACAGUGCCUUGGAAAAGUAUUCA